ACCUUUCCGGCGCCCUCAGAGAUAUCCGCUCCCAGUACGAGCGUCUGGCGGCGAGGAACAUGCAGACAGCAGAGGAGUGGUUCAAGGGGAAGAUCGGCUCCCUGACCGAAACCGUGGCCCAGCACAGCAACGCCGUGAGGAGCUCCAAGGACGAGGCAGGAGAGUACCGGCGCCAGCUGCAGACCCGCAUCCUGGAGAUCGACGCCUGCAGAGGCCUCAACGAGUCCCUGGAGAGGCAGCUGCACGAGAUAGAAGAGAAGCAGAGCGCCGAGGUCGCUGCCAUGCAGAACACCAUUGCAGAGUUGGAGGGUGAGCUGAGGGGCACCAAACAGGAAAUGGCUCGCUACCUGAAGGAGUACCAAGACCUGCUGAAUGUCAAGAUGGCUCUGGACAUUGAGAUCGCUGCAUACAGAAAACUUCUAGAAGGCGAGGAGUCCCGCUUCAACGUGGGAAUGACGGCCGCCGGCGUUCCGUCCCUGUACAGCCACGGCUUUGCAGCUCCCUCCUUUGGCCGGCCCCUCCUGUCCAGCCUGAGCUCCGGCACCUCCUACCUGAUGACCUCACGCCUCCUCAGCUCCAGCACCACUGAGGGAAUCAUCUCUGCCAGCCACGCCCCACAGGCAGAGGCCAGCCCACCUGGAGAAGAGGAAGAGCAGGAGGAGGAGGUAGAGGAAACAGAAGAGCAAAAAGAGCAGGAUGGAGGGGACGAGGAGGAAGAUAAGGAGAAAGAAGAGGAGGUAGAAGGAGAAGUUAAAGAUGAAGGAGAGGGAGGUGAGGAGGAAGAGGAGGAGGAGACAGCUGAAGAUAAGGAAGACGAAGAAGAGGAGGCUGAAGUCAAAGAUGGACAAGAUGAGACCAAAUCAGAGGAAGCUGAAGAGGAGGAGGUGAAAACAGAAGAUGCUGAAGAAAAAGGAGAAACAGAGAAAGAGGAGGAAGUUAAGAAGGAAGAUGCAGAAGAAAAAGAGGAAACCGAAAAAGAAGAGGUAAAAACAGAGGAUGCUGAAGAAAAAGGAGAAGUAGAAAAAGCUGAUGACAAAAAGGAUGCAGGAAAGCAAGAGAAAGAGGAAGCUAAAAAGAGCGACGUGAAAGACGACAAAGGAGACGCCACGAAGGAAGAAAAAUCCAGUGAUCAAAAGGUCAAGGAGCCAGCCCCGAAAGAGGAGGACAAAGCAGACAAACCCAAAGGGAAAGAGGAAGAAAAACCAGCCAAAGCAGAGCCUGCUGAGAAGAAAAGCACAACAGAUAAAAAGUAACUCCGGCAAAGUUCGGUCCAGCCUGGUAAAAACCACAGCUUGAUAAUCGGCGCUGUCAAGUCUGCUUGUUAACUCGGUGCUCAGUGAGGCAGUCCAAUAGCCAAUUACAGCAACAAAUCGAGGUUAACUGCUUGCCGAUAACCAGAUCAAUCCAUAAAAGGUCCCACUGCACAUUUCCAGGUGACUGAUGUGUUUAAUUGCUGAAUAAAGACGUGUGUGUGAGUUUUGAGAGCUCAAAUAAAUUCAUUUAAAAUCAUA